UUUCACAUUUGUCCACUUUUUGUAUCUAUAAAUAUCUAACAAACAUUUCUCAACCUCCACACACUACAAAGGAAAAAGAAAAAGAAAAAAAAAAAUCCAAAAUGGAUUCCAUAGUUAUGAUGAGGAAUUCCUUUUUAUUUAUCACUUUUUUUAUAUUCAACUUAGGAUUCUUAGAUGCUCAAAAGACUCCAGCUAUUUAUGUGUUUGGAGACUCACUUGUUGAUGUUGGAAACAAUAAUUACUUGACUCUUUCUCUUGUAAAGGCAACUCUACCUCACUAUGGCAUUGAUUUUCCAACUAAGAGACCAACUGGGAGGUUUAGUAAUGGCAAAAAUGCUGCUGAUUUGAUUGCUGAAAAAGUAGGCCUGCCCACUUCACCACCUUACCUCUCUCUAAUAUGUAAGGUUAAAAACAACAACAACAAGAAUGUAUCCUUUUUGAGUGGUGUUAACUUUGCCUCUGGAGGUGCUGGAAUAUUCAAUGGCACCGAUGAUAAUUUUAGGCAAUCAAUACCUUUGACAAAGCAAGUGGACUACUAUUCACAAGUGCAUGAUCAAUUGACACAACAAAUAGGAGCAUCUACCCUUCAAAAACACCUCUCAAAAUCUAUUUUCAUUGUUGUGAUUGGAAGCAAUGAUAUCUUUGGUUACUCUAACUCAAUGGAUCUUCAAAAGAAAAACACUCCACAACAAUAUGUGGAUUCCAUGACUUCCUCACUAAAAAUACAACUACAGAGAUUAUACAACAUUGGUGCAAGGAAAUUUGAGAUUGUUGGUGUUAGUGCAAUUGGAUGCAGCCCUGCAUAUAGGCUCAAGAACAAAACAGAAUGCUUUUUAGAAGCCAAUUUAUUGUCAAUUAAGUAUAAUGAAGAGCUUCAAUCCAUGUUGAAGGAAUGGAAAUUGGAGAAUAAGGACUCAAGUUACUCAUACUUUGAUACUUAUGCUGCACUCCAAGACCUCAUUCAUAAUCCAACUUCUUAUGGAUUUGUAGAUGUGAAAGAUGCAUGUUGUGGACUUGGUGAGCUGAAUUCUCAGUUUCUAUGUACACCAAUUUCAAUUCUUUGCUCCAAUAGAAAAGACCAUAUCUUUUGGGAUCAAGUCCAUCCUACUGAAGCAGCUACUCGCAUAAUUGUGGAUACACUUUUUAAUGGACCUUCAAAAUAUACAUUUCCUAUUAAUAUGGAACAACUACUAGCUCUUUGAAUUAAUUUCCAAAUUAGCUAGUAGUUCCUCCAAUUUCAUUUUUUGUAAUAUUGUUUGGCGAUUAUUUGUUAUCCAACAAUAAUCGAAAAAAUUAUUGAAGUAAUUAGUUUAUGUAGUUGUAUUAGCUAGAUGGAGAACAUGGAUUUUUUUUUUUUUUUGACAAAGAAUGUAGCUUCUAUGAGCAUAUAAAAUAUUGAGUAAAAUAAAAAGAGCAUAUAAAAUAUGUAAUUUUGAUUGUA